CCAACCCACAUUAUCCACACAGCAACAAAUCAACGAAGCGUUUUACACACAUAUAGCCAGCAAUGUCCGCCUCCUCGAUGUUCAUCGUCGUGCUCCUCCCCUUGUUUGCCGCCUUGUCGCAGGGCGCCGGCGCGACGAGCUUCAGCGUGACCAAUCAGUGCAACUUCGUGGUGUGGCCGGCGUUGAGCGACCAGCAGGAGGGCGGCGGCACGCAGCUCAAUCCGGGGGAGACGUGGAACCUCGAGCUCUUCCCGCCAGUGACCAACAACGGCGCCAUGGCCAUCUGGCCGCGCACAGGAUGUGACUUCAACGACGCCGGCAGCGGGAGCUGCGCCACGGGCGAUUGCGACGGGCGGCUGUCGUGCAGCCCGUUUUUCUCGUUUUUGCACUCGCCGGCCGCGACGCUGGCGGGGUUCUUCCUCGACGACCGUUCAAACACGGAUUUCUACGACAUCGACGUCAUCAACGGGUUCAACGUGGCCAUGGACUUCUCCUGCAGCACCGGCGUCACCAUCCGCUGCCGCGACGCAGGUUGCCCGGAGGCGUACCAGCAGCCCGACGACGCCAAGACGCAGUCUUGCAGCGGCGACAACAGGAGCUUCCGCAUCGUCUUCUGUCCUUGAUCGAUGACACUACACUACGUACCUACUAUGUAUUGAUACGCGUACACCUAAUUAUGUGCAAGUAUUUGCUGCUGCAUGCCGUGUAAUUAAAUAUAUGUACCAGUGACCGGCAAUAAAGCUGAGAUUUGUACUCA